GCAAUCCAGCUGGACUUUCAGGACAUGAUCGCGAACGUGGGGGGCGUUUUCAGAAUAGUUUUGGUCAUAUCUCAGGUACCAGCACGGGAAGGGAGCAGUAGACCAGUGGAGACGCCAGCAAACCCCAUGGAGGCCUUGAUGCAAGGAAUGUCACAACUUCAGGCGGCAAUGGCAAUGCAGAUGGGUAUGGCAGCUAGUCGUCCGGAGGUGAUCAAGCCAGGAAUAUCGGGGUCAGAGCUGCCCAAGCUUCCGGAGGCGGACGAGCAGGCGGCGAUCAACGUGGGGGACUGGCUACAUGGACUGGCCGGACCAAUGGGGGACUUGACAGACGGAAGUUCUCGAUGGUGGGCGGAGGAAAUGAGAGCCUUGGAUGCGUUCUACCGGGACUACGUGGCGGCAUCUACUGUCAAGAAGCUACAGAUACGAGCCGAGGACUACAUGACGCCGGAGUUAAAGGAUCCCAAAUGGGUACGCUUGGACAAAAGGGCGGCGAGCAUGUUGUUGCAGGCGGUUCCAGAGGGCUUAAGGAGCGAGUUGAUGGCCAACAGGUUGAGCUCAACGAUAGCAAUACUGGGAAGGAUUAUAACCAUUUACCGCCCAGGCUCAGCUGCAGAACGUCAACAAGUUCUUCGCGCCUUGGAGAACCCGGGCUCAGCAAGCACGGCAGCGGACCUUGUGGAGGUUUUGAGACGUUGGAUGAGAUGGUUAAAGCGAGCUCAGGCCCAGAUGGAAAAGAACGGCGAGAUCGUCUUCAGAAGCAAUAUGCUGCGGUACACACUGGACUUGGAUGCCGCACCAACCCUUCCCAACAUCUACAAAUACCACAGUCACUUGUUGGCCGAGUUCGAACAGAACUGGAGGAUCUACAGCGGCGACUCCGAAGGCGCGGAGAAGAUGGUGGUGGAUCCGGCCAACCUCGUGUCAAGCUCCGUCUAUUACUACUAUGACAUCGGCGACCUCCUCUACUACCCCAGCAGCCGCCUCAGCGAGCGGAGGAUGAUGGCGGAGCAAAACGCGGGAAACCACCCGAUGCCUUCAAUGAAGAUGUUACAGCGAGCAGUGACGGAACUCGAGGCAAAAAUGGCCUUGGUGGAUUCGGGUGCUACGCAUCCACUUCGACAGGCAACGGGACAAGAAUGGGAGUGUUCGAAUGAGGUGGACGUCCUGAUUGCGGGGGACGGAGUCACAAAAAUGCGGCAAAGCGAAGCAGGAACAUUGUUCACGAGCCCAUCUUCUACCCGGACUCAGACUAUCCUUCCUGUGGGCGGUCUGGUGUCAAUUCUGGGGUACGAGCUGAUUUGGACAAAGCGCAAGUGCGCCCUCAGAGCACCAGAUGGUCGGGAAAUCCCACUUCGUGUAACCUCGGGCUGCCCCGAGGUCAACGAGGCCACGGCGCUGGAGUUGAUCGCCCGGAUUGAGGAGGAGAAGGUUACCAUGCUGAAGGAGAAGGCGAACCUGACCCGUAUGGCAGUGUUACGAGCGCAGCAAGUUCAAGGUGAAGAACAGUGGGAGGCUAGCAUGAGAGAGUACGUUGCCAAGGGCAGGUUUGAAGAUGGGUACAGGGCUCUGGUUUCAAUGCCAUGGCUAAGGAGUGUUCACCGCGAGGACCUCGUGAAGAUUGCAGUGGACCUACCUACCAGUGAGUCGGAGGCCUGGGAACUGAUGAUGUCGUUGGGGUUCAACCGGCGGAUGAGAAAGAGACUUCUGCAUAAAGACUGGAUAGUGAAGCUAUAUGGUGGUGCAAGAACUCAAGCAGACAAGAUUUUCCGGCCCCUAGAGAGCAACAGCACGGUGGUCUUGGAC